CGUCUUGCGGGCCUCGCAAAAAAGCCCUCGUCCCUCGAAUGAUUGUUGUAUUAACCAACUGACGGGAUGAUCGAAAGAACACGCUGAUGGAUUUUCAACACCACUGAUUUCCACUUUGUAUCGGGAAUCCUGCGUGCUUUUAUACAUUCGGAAGAAAUAACGCCGAAAUCACAUUUGGCAUUGGAAACCGCGAACAAGGUCCUCCUCUAAAAUGUAACUGCAAGAAUAUACGACCUUUGAAGAUUAGAUGAUAACGGGGAAGAGUGAGCGGACUGACGCCGUGUUAAAAAAAAAAAAAUUGUUAAUCGGUGAUAUCGGCGAAGCGUCGCGAUGGCACCUCACCAAACGACUGAAAGUACUCUAAGUAGUGGUGAGAAAAUAUCCCCUGCGGAGUUGAACGGAAACGCCGAAGCAACCCCGGUCUCAAAGCUGAGACAGGCACUGCCGCAAUUCUUCGCAGUUAGUGCAAAGAAUAUCCUUCUAAUAACCUUCGGUUCCAGUUUGGGAUUCUCGACGAUUCUGAUCCCCGAACUUCAGAAGGAAAACCCUGAAAUCGAAGUUACCUUGGAACAACUAACAUGGAUCAGCAGCUUCAACCUCAUCCUGGUACCGGUGGGUUGUCUGAUAAGCGGACCGAUAUCUCAAUGCUUCGGUCGGAAGAGGACCAUGAUGAUAUCGAAUCUUCCCUUCGUCAUCGCCUGGAUAAUCUUCCAUCGAGCCCAAAGCGCGUCCAUGCUCUUCGUGGCCCUGUCGCUUACCGGUCUGAGCGGCGGCCUCCUGGAGGCACCCGUCCUGACCUACGUCGCGGAAGUGACGCAGCCUCACCUGAGAGGGAUGCUGUCGGCGACCUCCACCAUGUCCGUCAUCCUGGGCGUCUUCAGCCAACUUCUGGCCGGAAGCUUGACGACCUGGAGGACCGUGGCUCUGAUCAACAUCGCCUUCCCCGUCGCGUGCUUCGUCGCCCUUUGCAUGGUCCCGGAAAGCCCUCACUGGCUGGCCGCGAAGAACCGACUGAAAGAAUCGGAAGAGGCUCUUUGCUGGCUCCGAGGAUGGGUUACGCCGCACCACGUUCGCAACGAAUUCUGCCAGCUGUGCGAAGUGGCGCGUAAACCAGCGGAAAAGAACACGGAAACGACCUCCCGCUCCGAAAAGGUUUGGAAACCGUACACGAAGAAGACGUUCUACAAGCCCUUCGCCCUGGUGUCGUUGGCCUUCUUCAUCGGCGCCUUCGGUGGUAUCACCAGCUUGCAGACCUUCGCCGUCGUUAUCUUCGCCAGAUUGAACGCUCCCAUCGAUAAAUACACGGCCACGGUGUUUUUGGGGAUUGCCGAGCUGGUCGGCACCGCUUUCUGCGUCGUGGCCAUUCAUUUCACGGGAAAGAGAAAGCUGUCUUUUCUGUCCUCCGGUGGGACAGGAAUCAGCUUCGGCUGUGCCGCGAUCUACAGCUACAUGGUGGAUCAUCGGAGCAUCUUGGGGGACGAUUACACGUGGAUUCCGACCACGUUCCUGAUAACUGCCGCCUUCAUGUCGCACCUGUGCAUCAGGCUGCUUCCUUGGGUCCUCAUCGGAGAGGUUUUCCCGGGAGAGGUUCGAAGCGGUGCCUCGGGAGCUGCCGGUUCCAUCGGAUACAUCUUCAACUUCAUCGUCAACAAAGCCUUUUUUUACAUGCUGAACGGGAUCGCUCUGGCCGGCACUUUCUGGUUUUAUUCCAUGGUUAACAUCAUCGGUGCCAUCGUGUUGUUUUUUGUCUUACCGGAAACCGAGGGCAGGACUCUUAGGGAAAUCGAAGAACAUUACGCGGGAAUUCACAACCUGAAGGACAGACCAAAGAAAGAAGAAUUUCCUUUUAAGGAAAAGUGGGCCGCCAGGAAUGUGGCAAUAGUUAACGAUGACGUAGAGAGCAGGCUCUGAGGGGUUUACAAUUCGUCCGGAAAAUAUAAAAAUUUGGACCCUAUACUUUCUCGUUUUGAACUUUCAACGGGAAGUGGUGACCCCAGCGAUUAUCUCGCACGAUUCCGCAUGAAAAAAAUGUUUUAUAUGCGGAAAUCGAAGUGCAAAAAUUGACUCGUGACAAUAAAUUGCGGCGUUUUUA